GGGGCACGGCGCCGGCCGCUGCGCCGGCGGCGCCCGCGCCCGCCGCAGCCGCGCCGGCGCCCCCGGCGGCCUGCACCGUGUACGUCGGGCGCAUCUCCACGGAGGUGUCCGACGACUUCGUGAAGCAGCUGCUGGAAAAGUGCGGCAAGAUCACCAAGUGGAACCGUGCCGCCGACCCCAAUACCUCGAAGCUGACGUCGUUCGGCUUCUGCGACUUCGAGGACCCACAAGGGGUCUGGCGCGCCCUUCAAUUCCUGCACGAGAAGCAGCUGUGCGACAAGCGGCUGCUGGUGAAGUGCGAGGAGAAGGCCAAGCAGACCAUAACAGUCUGGAAGGACGGCCAGAGGGAGGUCAUGCAGAAGAGGCAGAAGGAGGGAGACAAGAAGGAGGGGGACAAGAAGGAGGGGGACAAGAAAGAGGGGCCCCUCACGGACGAGGAGCUGGAGGCGAUGUUGAAGGAGGAGAACAAGGCCGUCGAGAAGGAGCUCGCGGACCUGCUGGCGGCCAAGAACAAGGGCUACCCCGAGAUAAAGUUGGACUCCGCGGCGGAGGACAAGGAUGGCGAUAAGGCAGCCAAGAAGGGGGCCGAGAAGGCGGACGCGGACUCCAAGGACAACAAGGACACCGCCAACGAGAAGCGGGACGAGAAGGAGGACCGGGGCACGAAGCGGGGCCGGUCCGCGGACAGGGGCAGGGACGACGACAAGCGGAAGCGGGAGCGCGACGAGG